GUGAAACUGAGCGUGCGUCCGACCGCAGAUAAAGAACGGGUGACGUAACCACUUCCACAACAACAAGAAGCUGAGAAACAAGGAAGUGUCAAGCCGUAAGCUAUUAUAAGGCCGAGACAAGAUACACAAAGCGCCGUUUAAUCUGAUGUUCCUCAGCCUCCGAAUCAGUCCACAACAAUGAAUAACAAAGGCUCAUACCCACAGCAGGCUGUGUACCCUCAGCAGAGCUCUGCACCUGUAUACCCUCCUGCUAUGCAAAUGUCUCCUCAGGCACCUCCAUACUCAGACACACCACCUGCAUAUUCUGAGAUAUACCAGCCCAGAUACGUGCUUCCACCUCAGGUGCCUGGUCAGGUGCCUCAGAUGUCCUCUCCCUACCCUGGUGCUCAGGUGUACAUGCCCAUGCAGCCACACAUGCCCGUUGGUCCGGUGGGCCAGAACGUUCCCAUGGCUUACUAUCACAUGGGAGCUGUUUACCCCCCUGGUUCAACAGUGAUGGUGGACGGUGGCUUUGAUGCUGGAGCUCGUUUCACAGCUGGCAGCAGUGUUUCCAUCCCACCCCCACCCCCUGGACACCCCCCUAAUGCAGCUCAGCUGGCUGCCAUGCAGGGUGCCAAUGUUGUCAUGACACAGCGCAAGAACAACUUCUUCCUGGGCGGAUCCAGUGGAGGUUAUACCAUCUGGUAACAGCAGCUACUCCCCUCCUUGUUUAUGCCUAAACCGUACCCCCGUCCCAGAUGAUUCCCCAGACCCUCCCUUACUCCAUACGCCUUCCUCUUCAGGCUGCUUGGCCAUGCCACAAUACUGAUAUCACCUAAUGGAAUGUAAUAUUUUAGAGCCCUUUGUGAAAGGUACAGUACUCCACUUCUGACCUAGAGAUGACCGUCGCCGCUUGGAGAGGACAAAACGCUGAUUUUAAAUGUUGUGAUACUUCCUGUAAUCUUGCAUUUGACCGAAUCUCUUAAAUCAUUCCAGAUUGGACUUCUUUCAGGCAUCUGUUCAGGAGACCCGUUCUUCUUUGAUCAAAUGGCCACAAAUGGCACUGAGAUGUCCUCUUCUUCCUGUAAAACCCACAGAGUCAGAACACCAGACCUGCAUUACCUAGUUUAGCUGCUUUAUGGUGAAAGUGAAACGCAAAGUUGCAAAGUUGCAGUCAAAUAAAAAGAACUCUCCACCUGUCUUUUUUUAAAUAUUUAGUGUAGUUGAAUUAAUCGGUGUGCAAUAGUUAAAUGUGUAAAUACCAGUAGGAUGGUCAUGAGACGCCACAUCUCAGCUCUAUAAGAAAAAAACAAAAGAUUUGGCAUCCUUGAUGCUUUUAGUUAGAACUGUCUUGUCUUUUGCACAGUGUCAAAAAGAAAACCACAUCAAAUUUGUUGCACAGUGAACGGUCUGAGAGACCGUUCCGUUUGAAUCAGCUGUAAAUUAAAUAAAUUCAAUUUAAAGCAAAAGAAAACAAGUUUAAUAGAUUUAAUGCAAUAUCUUAAGUGGUUUACUGUACCUUGUCGGGCAACUUGUAGAUGAACAUAGUCAAGUGCCAAAGAGCACUGGGGAUAGCCCUGAAUCGAAGCAAAUUAACUUCAGUAAACUUAAAGGAAAGAAGUUCAAAGUAAAUCCAAAUAGUAAGAUGAGGGUAAGGGUGGUUGGUGUAACAUUUGAGCUUCUUAUGCAUCCUGUUUCUGUUUCACAGUCGGAUACCCAGAGUUUUAUCACUAAAUGUUUAUUGUACAGAUUUUCAGAGCUACGUUUUUAUUUCCUGUCGCUAUAUCAUUUAGUAUCAACCACGUUUCUUCAGAAAAUGGCCGCCUUCAGAGGAAAAAGAAUCAUGUUUUCUUUUCUAAGUUCUUGUGAACAUCACAGGAAUUCACAUGAGUAGUUAGGCUAAUAAAUUUGAUAGUAUAACCAAUGAGCUGGUUGUACCAAAGAUCAUUUAAGCAUCACCGUUUUAAAGCCGACUUAUCCUGGAUCCAGAUGUUGUGACGCCGUUGGCUCCUGGAGCCUUCGGUCCACCGUGACGGCCAUCGUUAAAGUGUUUGUGUCUGUGUGUGAGUCACCGCCAUCUUUGAGUUGUUGUGUACUUUAGCUGCAAUGUUCCUUUUCUCUGAAAUGCACUGCUGAGCAGACGAGGGUCCACUUUCUUUCUGCAUCCUGUUAAAUUAAAAAAAUGGUUUUUUUUUUUUUUGAGAAAGCUGUGAAAUUCCACAAUCUUAGAUUUUUAAGCACAUCUAGUCCAUAUUAAAGCACCGUAGCGAUGCACCGUGUUGGUAACUCGCCUGGGGGAGCGAACACCUUUAAGAGUCUUUACGUGAAACUGCAUCUAGCAAACCCAAACGAAGUGUUUGAUUCUGACGGAGCUAUCGGUGUGGCUACCAUCAUCUCGAUAUUUGUGAGUGUUUAUCGUCGUGCUGUGAGAGUGUCACUGGGUAUCCGACACAUCAUUAGAACUUUUAAUAGCUGUGGCUGUAGCUAAACACAAAGGUUGGUGUGUUUUUUUAAGGCCACCUGUUUGGAUUGAUGAUAAACAUCUGCUGCGCACACAGGAGCUAACACAUCAAAUGUGACAAACAUCUGGUGCAGCAGCUUUUAUUUUGAAAAGCACAUAAGGUUUUUUUUUAAACAAACGUGUUUUUAUUCAUUCAUUCAAUCAUUCGUACUCCAGCCGCCACGUCAUACCGCUCAGCUGGAGGGACACGAAGGCCACAGCUAUCAAGAGUCCAGAGUAAACCAAACGUGUUUCUGGUUGUUCAUCAGCGUAACGGCGGCUUCGUACAGCUGAGCAGUAGAUGCUAUGCCAACCACAGCAAGCAAAUGGAACACACUGUUGAAGGAUUAUGGACAUUUAAAGUUCAGGGAUUCUCUUUACAACAUUUUGUAGAACGGAUGUACGUACUAAAGUGAUGAGAUGGACUUUGGUACGCAUUCUAUCUUUUAAGAUUACUAAAGGAGAUGAGUGUCACUACAGUUUGCUGAGAAAUGUCAAAGAUGAAAUACUUUGGAAAAAAAGAACUUAGGUGCACUUAACUUUUUUAUACUAAACUUAAAAUUUAAAAUGUAAGUUUAGAAUAAAGGUUAUUUUGGAAAUUUGAA